CCGUCACGACCGGUGCUUAACACUUGGCAAUACUGACGCAAGCAAAACCAAACAAAACAAUGCAAUUACACGAGAAAAACGCGCACCAAGCGCGAAUUGAAGAAAUUGAGGAAUUCAUCAAUGAAGUGCUCAAAGAGGAUCUCAAACGUCUGGAACUAUGCGUUAACCAGUUCAACGAGGAGAUAAUGGAAUAUAUGCAGCUAAAGAACACACUGCAAACCUUCCUAGACAACAUGACAGAUGGCUACAAGACGCAGGUCAAUAUUGGCAGCAACGUCUUCAUGCAGGCACGCGUCAAGCAAAUGGACAAGAUACUGGUGAAUGUUGGCAAGGAGGUGUAUAUGGAGAUGGGCAUUCGAGAGGCGAUACGCUUUAGUGAUGUGCGUGUCCGAAUUCUCACCAAAAUGUCAGAGGUUGUGCGCGAGGAGAGCGUAAAGAAGCGCUCUCAAAUCAAAAUGUCUCUCAUUGCAAUCAGCGAGCGAGAGAAGCUGCUGCAGGAUUAGCAGCACACAUACUAAACGAUCAGUGGGUUAAAGUGGAAGGCAUCUUAAUGCUUGGAGAGCACAAAACACCGCUCUCAAAUAUCAGUGCACAAUUGCAAGAAAGCGAAGAAUGUGCAUUGUUUGUUUAAGUAUAUUAUAUGUGAAUAAACUUUAUAUUACUUUUUAAGUUUGCUCACAUGUUGCACUGUUACUUUAAUAUAUAUUUGAUACAAUUCAUUUAUAAAA